GUGUAUACUGUAAUUUACAUAAUGUAGUGUGCAUGUGCGUGAUCGUUAUACAAAUUUUGCUUGUUUGAAUUGACAACUCUUAUAUUACGGGCUAUACAAAUUAUUUACGCUCGCACAAAUAUUCUUUGAAAUUUUUUAAACUAAUCAAAGAAUAUCUUUAAGAAACAUGUCCGAAAAUAUAUUCGAUGAAUAUUUGUUCAAAGAUUAUCAUAAAGCUGAGAAUACCGAUGAAGAGGAAAACAACAAUGAAUUGCUGUCUCAAUUGUAUGCUGAUAUUUAUUAUCCAUCAAUUAAUGAAUAUGAAUUAGGACCAGAUGUAGUAUCAAAUGCUGUACCACUAUCUAAUUGUACCAUUAAUGAGUUAAGCGAACAAGAAAAUAUACAAUAUAAACUUAAGGAUAAAGCGAUCUCAGAAUUUAAAGCCAUUGAAGAACCAGAGGAACCAGUUGCUGAGGUAAUUGUUCAAGCUAAAGGAAACAAUUUAGUUACUCUAAGAACAAGUAACAUUGCAGGACCAGAGGAACCAAUUGCUGAGAUAAUUGUUCAAGCUAAAGGAAACAAUUUAGCUACUCUAAAAACAAGUAACAUUGCAGGAAAGAAAAAGAAGAAACGUUCUUCCAAGAAGCAACAGCUUUUCAAAGAGUUAAAUAAUAAAUGCUGGAAGAAGUCAGAAGAAAAAAUUAUUACUUUAGACGAAUCAGAUAUAGAAUUGGAUAUGGACACAAAGUACAACGUUUCACAGAAAAAAGUGAAACAAGAAAUUCAGUCAUAUAAAACAGAAAAAAGAAUUUCAGAUAAUGACACUGACUGUGAGUCUAUUUUUGAGGUGCCACCACCAUCAAGACCAAAACCACUUCUCAUCGAUUUGCAAGACUCUGACAAUGAAGACGCUGGAAGUUCGAUAGACGAAGAGGACUUGCUCGAGGGAAGAUUGCGAGGGAAUAAAAAUGCACCCAAGGAUAACUCAGGAGUCUCAAAUUCGAGAGCUUCCUCAUCUAGUCCCGAAGUGGAAAUUAUAGAAGUAUUGUCCAAUUGUCAAGACAAAACUGCUGAUAGUACAGCCAUCAAUACACUUUUGCUAAACAAGGAUACAUCGGUAAACAAGGAUAUAUCGGUAAAUGGUAGAAAUACACACAUAUAUAAAUUUAACGAUAUUAUUAUGAACUGUACGAUGAUUCAAAAAAGUGCCAGAAGAAUCGAUGAAAUCAUGCACUUAUCCAAAGGUACAAAACAAAAUGGGAGAAGCAUGUUGAAUGACGACACGAGCCAGCGUUCAAAGAGACCAUCACAGGACAUGGCGUCAGGAAGCAAUAGCACAGACAUUGCCAGCACAUCUCAUGAAACAUGUCGGACAUCGCAGGAGGGAGAAAUAGACACCGGCACACUGACGAAAAAGAUGCGGCAGGAUGUUAAUACCAAUAAAAUAAACGAACCAUAUAAUAUGGUGUGUAGUCUCAAACAUGCAGUGCAAAAUUUGCAGAACAAAUUAUUAGAAGUGUCAUGUAAUACCACCAAUAAUUCAAUGAUGAGCCUAAAGAGACACAGCGAAGGCAACAAUGAAGACAACGGCGAAAGCGAGAACAACGCAGGCAACAGUAGUGUAGAUAAAGGAAGUGGAGAAGUGAAGAGCAACAGUCCCGUGAGGAAGCGACAGCGUAUUCCUUUAACCGACCAGCUGAAAGUUGUAUCGACGCCGCAGAUCAGCGGCAACAAAACGAUAAGAAACACUUUGUACUGGACCAACUAUUUUUUCAAACCGCUUCCGCAGCAAUUGAAGAACUUCUACAGUGACUCCCGUGGCCAAGAGAACUUUGACAUUUCCAAGCUUCAGCGCAGCAUGUCGAGGGAUCCGAGAAUGUGGAAAAUUUUGGACGAGGAUCUGAUGCCCAGACCUGCGAUGAAGCGUGGUAGAUAUUGGAAUAAAUACAGUUAUCAACGAAAUGAUCACCUACAUAAAGACUGCUUGGAAGUAUCUAAACAACGAUGUUGUAUGUGCGGCAUGAAGGGUCAUAUGCAGUGGCGAUGUCCGCAACAGGUAUGCCUUACCUGCGGCAAGAAGCAGAAUUCUUACCUCCAAACCUGUGACUAUUGUUCCACUUUGCUCUGCACAAUGUGCUCUUCGGUGGGGCACAAGAAGGAACAUUGCCCUGAUCUCUGGCGACGGUACCAUCUGAUAACGAAAGAAAUAAAUAAACCGCAGAGACUGCAUCAUGUGAUGAAGCCGGCAAGCCAGUUGCAUUGUUGUAACUGCACCAAACGCGGUCACGAGUCGUCUACAUGCAAGGAAUUUCGAUGGUCCCGGCACUUUCCCACUCCGGCCUUUGUGACGAAUUACACGGAAGGACCCAUGUAUCAGAUGGAAGUCCAUUUUCAGCGCCCAUUUUCGUCUCUAAUACGCCUAAUGGACACUGAGAAUGCGAAUGUUUCAUCGUUCAAAACGAAAAGCAACAAAAUGCCAAACCGGCAGAUACACGAGAAUACGCCAGUAAUGAAAGCGCAAACGAAACCAUAUACCGACGUAGGUCCGUCAACGUCGUCAGCAUGUAUGGAAACCAGCGAAAAAAUGUGUACGCAAAAGGAUACAGUGAUGAUGUUAACGGAAGCCACUAUAUUAAUAUUUGUUAACGUGAUAUAUUGCUGCGGAAAUUUUCACGACAAGAAAAAUUCCAAUGCGCGGGUAUUAGUGAGUAAUCUUUCUAAUCACCAAGAGUUGAGCAGGUCAGCGAAAAAAUUUGUGCAAAGCAAAUUCUCGAACAAUGCCGUCAACCCAGUCUUCCUCAGAAAACUGCGAAAAAUAGUCGAGUUCCAGAUAAUGAUAGGUCUACCAACCGGUAAAUCUGAAGUAAUGGUACAAUUAGUGGCGCCGAAAGAAUGCAUCUACUUGUUAUUUCGUCUGCUGAUUCAUUGGCUGAAUCUUCCAUUCGUCGAAAAGCAGAACGGGGUGAAUGUGAAUCUACCCUAUAAUACCAACGAGAUGUACCAGCUUCUUAAAAAUCAAGAUAUACGGCACUUUAAUAAGAACAAUAAGAACCCAAUGAAACACAUGAAACUUUUAACCAAGUUUCAGAACAAGCUGGUUAAUAUGCCUAAAAGCAAAGAAUAUUUUCACUACCAAUCGUGUGUGUGGGAUAUACAAACCAAACUUCUUGCAUACAUCCAUAGCAAACCGAAGCCGAGUGCCCAUUUUCGCAAUAUUUUGUUAUAUAUAGAAGCGUUGAAGUCGGGAACAAAGACCAAUCAACUGGACGCUGCAACCUAUCUUGAUAUUCUUCUAAGUUACAACAACGUAUUUACACCCCACACGCCGCCAAACUUACAAACUACAAUAAAGCACAUAAUGCAAUUGCAGCAAAAUUCGGAGAAGAAAUCGGUGUUCAUAGGAGAGCAACUUCCCUCAAAUGCUGAUGUAAACCCUUCGAUACCAUCUGCAACGUCGACUUCUUUUAUGUCACAGAAAAUUAAUAUUAUAAAUCCCUUCGCGAUUACGAAUAUUCAGCGUAUGUCUGAGGAUAUUUCAAAUAUCGCUGAGACAAAUUUUACAGAGGACAUUAAUAUUCAGAAUAUGUAUGAGAAUACUUCAAAUAUUGUCGAAACAAAUUUUACAGAAAACGUCGAUAUUUACCAGCCAGUAAUUAGCGACGCAAUAGAAAAUCUUAUGCAACCUCCUCAGAAUUGUUUCCUUGAUGUCGAGCCUGUAUUAAUUGAUUUGGAAAAUUCGGAAAGAGAGGAUAGUCAAAGGUCAAUAGAUAAUGUGAAUAUUAACACUAAUGUACAGGUGACUCAGCAAAAUGUACUUACAAUAAGUACGAGUAAUCAUAGUAAUAACAAAAAAUCUGGGUUACAAAAAAGAAAGAAAGUACUGCUUAAAACAAAAAAACAGUUAAAGAAUGAGAGAUUAUACAAGGAAGCAAAGGAAUUUGUUGAUAAGGCCUAUGCGUUUAAAUUACCCUAUAUGAUAAAAGCGGCGGAAGAUUUACAAACAAAAAUAAAAAAUAAAAUGCUUGUAUAUAAACAUCUUGACGUACUGAAAAGAAUGGUGAACAUGGAGAACAAACAUCAGAAGAAAAUUAAGGCUUAUUGCAAUCAGAUGAAUUAACAGUUCCUUCAUAGCUGCUUGUUAUCUAUAUGUCAUCAUUUGACAUUUGUUCAACUGUAAUAUUUUAUAAUUUUUUCUGUACAUCUUCCAUUAAAAUUAAUUUUGAAUAACUAUGUACUGAGAAAAUUGAUUAUUAUUAGUGUUUUUAUUGAAAUUAUCACAAUUCUAUAAAAGUAUAACCAGUAAUUCUGAGAUCCUUACGAUACAACAGCCAGAUUUAUCAUAACAGUUGCUUUGCGGUAAUUUGUUUACUUCCUUGAACAAUAGCGCGGUUGUGAAAUAUUUUAUAAUUUCAUUGUUUUUAAAUAAACAUAUUGAGAAAGUGA